AUGGCCGAAGUCAACGGUGUUCCGAAGCACGAAGGGCCUGUGACGGCCUCCCUCUCGCAUCUGGGAAAGCGGAAACGUACUAUUUCUCCACAAAUCGAAGAAGUCAAGGAUGCUGCACUGCAAUCUACGCUACAACAUGUCCUGCAACUUCUCCGCAAACACGAUACAACUCCGUCGCUUCUUAAAUACCCUUUACCUCCAUCCAACUUCGACUUACCUGGCCUGAAACGGGCGCGCCUCGUCAAGUCAGAAUCGGCCAACGGUACGAUCGAGGAUCGCAUUUUGACCGGGACAUAUAAGUCUAUACACGCUCUCAAAGACGAUGUGAAAAAUGUUCGUGACGCGAUCCUAAGUGAUGCGUCCACCGCUACACAAAAUGGCACAACAAAAACCGACGUGCAGGGACAGUUGUCGACAAUAAUGAAGGUGCUUGAACAAUAUGAUCUAGAAUCAUCUGGAGUCUCGGAAUCAAAGGGCGAAACAACUCUGAAUGCAGAUCGAGCGGAACAGAAACCAAAGCAGUUCCUCUCUCUCCGAAGCAAUGUCAAUGGUGUUGCACAUGUGCUAUUUUCAGGUCUCCAGGUUCAGCAACAUUUCGACAAGGUGGAACCAGAUGCCCUGCCAGAAGUAGUUGGCACGGGCCUGCCGAAUGGAUUUGAACUCACCGAUUAUACUGCGUUGAGUGGAAACGAAGAAGUGCUUAAGAAGCAGGAGAAACGGACAUUCGAGAAAGUCUUCGCCACAGUUCGCCGUCUCAAACCCUUGGACCUUCCACACACAGCCAAGGAUGUGGUCAGAGGCAACACUCUCGAUUUCAUCCCAAACUCCAGUCGAGCGGAGAACCUUCCUUUAAACAAACACGACUACAAGUUCGCAAAACUACCGACUAGCUCGUACCUUUCUUACCGUCACUCACAACAGGAGCGGAAAAGGAUACAGCCAUCUUCCAGUAGCGCGGAUUUCAAAGCGGCACUUGCGUCGAAUAACGGGCGCCAAGAAAAGGCAAUGAGCGAGGAAGCGUUGUACAGCUCCGUCUACUCUUCCUUUGCGCCGAGCUCAGACAAUUCAUAUUCCCUCAUUUCCCAGGAAGAUCUAAGUCGACAGUGGUGGAGCCAGAACGGCGAGCAUAAGCUAUCCAGACUUUUUAGAACGACAGACCAACACUCAUCUCCUUCAGAUGGAGAAGCUGAAGGAAGUGACGAGUUCGCCGACGUAGUUGCCAACUUCGAGCCGCAAGAACCAGAAGAAGUCCAAUCGCACCCGACGGAAAAAGAGGUCGACAGCCUGUUGGAAGAGGUGUCGGAGAUGAUUGAGACACUGAGCUCUUAUCAGAGAAACCGAAGCUUGGAUCACCUUGUGGCUGGCAGAACAGGAAAGCCCGAGACACCAGAGUUCGAUACCUUUGAGAUGCUCAGAGACCAGCUGAGCGUGCUGGUUGCAUCCCUACCUCCCUUUGCUGUUGCCAAACUCAACGGCGACCAACUGGACGAUCUCAACAUCUCUACGAGACUGGUCGUUGAGGUACCUGACUAUCCCGGAACCGGACAGCCGGACGACUACAUUCUGCGGCGCCAGAAGAUGGCUCAGCAAGCCACGCAAGCAGUGACUCGCUCGAACGCAACACCUCAGCCAGUGCGACCGAGCUACUCCUCCGUGCAGGCAAAUACCAUGUCGUACAACUCUGGAGUGAGAAACUACGGCACCUCUGUCCCCGCGACAGCGGCAUUCGGCAUGCGCACAACCCAACCACAUCAGACUCCCACCGCUUCGCGGUCAACGUAUCCUCAAACAUCCACUUUCCCGGUCAGCACCGGAAACAGCUACUCAGCGAACCGACCCACGGUUCAACAGUUUCAGCGUCCGGCUGUACAAAAUGGCUAUGGUAGUUACGGCGGUAACACCCCGCUGCAACCGUCACAGCAACAGUCACGACCGCAAACCCCAGCAGGUGGUUAUUCUCAGCGACCAACUCAGCCGGGGUACCAACAGCGGGCACAGGAAACCGCUGCGGUGCUGGCGAGGUCUGCUAGUCCUCAGAAACCACAACCACUGGUCAACGGAUCGGCGCAGCAUUACACACCGAGACCGUAUCAAGCUCAGACUCUGACUCAGCAGGGCCCGAGUUCGCAAGGUCAACAAACUGGGUCAUUUGCUUACCAAAGACAAGGCAGUGGAACGCCGACCACACCGAUUGCACCCGGAGCGGCGGCGGCGCGGCAUGAUGGUGGUGGCGGAGACCGAACCGAGGGUGCACAAUCAGGUAGGAAUGGUCCGGCUACACAGAAUUCAAUACCACAGCUGCCGCAGCAAAAUCAAACGGUGGAGGUCUCGAGGUGA